AACAGACCGUUCCAGUCUCCUUAGUCGGUAUUCAUGGUUUGAAUUUCAGGGACACUGGGCUUGUCAUUUGUACGAAUUAAAGCGAAUGUGGUGUGGAAAAUAAAUACCUGUGAACAAGUGCUAUUUUUAUUGGUGAUGAUGAAAAACACAGAUAAGUUGUCAAAGUAAAAUAAAAAUUAUCAUUUCUCAGAACAGCGUUGCUGAUUAAGCUAAGCAAUUAACGUAAAGGAGAUGAAUUUUGGCGUGGAUUGGGACACUGAGCAUCGACGUAUUUUGCUGGAUGGAAAUGCAGCGUUGGAACGUUCAGCGCAAUCGGUCGCUAGAUCGCAAGCCGCUGCAGCAGAGAGCGAGCAGAUUGGUACGGAAGUGAUCUCCGAAUUGGGCGAACAGAGAGACCGUCUUUUGCGAGCAAAACGGAGAUUGUCACAAACGGACGUGGAAUUAGAUAAAACGCGAAAAAUUCUUAAUGUUAUGCGACUGAAGGUUCUGACAAACAAGAUUGUGCUAAUCGUGAUAAUAUUGCUAGAAUUAGUCAUUCUUGGUAUAAUUGUGUACUUGAGAUACUUUCACAAAUAAAUCGCCUAUCGCUAUUGAACUUAAUUAAUUAAAGCUGAAAAAAGACGUUGUGUUACACAACAUUGUACAUAUCGCUUCUGCACGAGAAAAGUGGCGCAAAUAAAAAAAAACGGUCAUUUUAGGCGAACGAUUUUAAACUUUCAAUCUGCCUGCAGAUCAUACACGGCUCAUCACAUAGUCUGCCGAUCUGUUUUAUCCUUUUCUUACCUCGAUGGAUCUUUCUCCAUAAUGUGAGAACGUAUUUUUCUUUUAAACAUUCCUUCUCUUCGCUGUUAUUAUUUUUAAACAAAAUACAAUCUUCGUAUUAAAUUUUCUUGUGGAUGAGAUUUUUGUAAUUACACCUGUAACACUUUCGAACAAAAGUACAUACGUUUCAGAGCUGAUAAGUUAUAAAAAAGACUCGUGUCUUUUGGCUCGUAUCACUUUUCUUGUGCAGUUAUGUAAUACACGUUAACAAUUAUCCGAAUAGCACAAGACUCCCUAGAAUUAUCCUGAUGUACUACAUAGGAUGUCUAGGAAACUAUCUCGAAACAUCCUGGACUGGUUUAUGAUGAUUCUGGGACGUGUUGUGUUACGCAGGUAAUAGAGUAAUGAUUAAGUGCAAUUUUUCUGUAAAAUUUAAUACAAUCAACGUGUAAACUUUAAAAUAAAUUUUUC